GGUGUCACACUCCCAGCGCUCCGCCCGCCUCUUCCGCUUCCCGAGCGGCGGAGUGAUUUGGGCGGCGCACCCCGCGGCGGGGCCGAGAGAGAGAGACGCCGGGAUGUGGAGGAGCAGCGCCCGCGCCGCCUGCGUUGUCUGUCAAACCCUAGCAAAUGGGACCUAUGGAGCCAGAGGGAAGUCGCCGCUGCAGAAACUGCAUCUCGUUUCCCGGAGUAUUCAUCAUUCCCGCCAUCCUCUUUCCAGAUUUCAAAGGCUGCCAUUACGGAUCUCAGCGCAGCCGUUCUCUGCUCUUAAUCACCUUCCCUUGCGCAGCAGCAAACUCCUCCUUGUAAAGCAUGGAUCCCAGCCCCAUAGGACCUUUUGGCUAGCCAGAGUGGCUUCCAGGCUUCUAAAGCUUCGCUAUCUCGUCUUUGGAUCUGCUGUGGGCGGUGGCUACACAGCCAAAAAGACAUAUGACCAAUGGAAGGAGAUGGUGCCUGAUCUCACCGAGUACAAGUGGCUUAUUCCUGACUUCAUAUGGGAACUUGAUGAAUACGUUGACUUCGAAAAACUUGCAAAAGCUCUUCCUGAUUCAGAAGACCUCGCUAAACUGCUGCCAGAUUUUGACAAGAUUGGAGAGAGCCUCAGAUCACUGUCCGGUUUCCUCACACCUGGUUACAAUUUGAUUAGUGAAGUCAUAGGAGCUUCUGAUCUACUUCUGUUAUUAGGUUCUCCAGGGGAUACGGCAUUCCGAGCUACGGAACAGGGAUGUGAAGCUGAGAAACAAUACAAGAAGGGUCUUCUGGGCGAGCUCAUUCUCUUGCAGCAGGAAAUCCAGCAGCACGAAGAGGAGGCGAGCAGAGCCACUGACCAAAUGGGCCCCGGCUCCUCCCAGCAGAAGCGAAAGGUUUCUGACAAAGAAAAGGUAGAUCAGCUGCAAGAAGAACUCCUGCGCACUCAGUUGAAAUACCAACGGAUGCUUGAGCGUUUAGAGAAGGAGAACAAAGAGCUCAGGAAGAUUGUCUUGCAGAAAGACGACAAAGGCAUCCACCAGAGGAAGCUGAAGAAAUCUUUGAUUGACAUGUAUUCUGAAGUCCUGGAUACUCUGUCGGAUUACGAUGCCAGCUAUAACACCCAUGAUCAUUUACCUCGGGUUGUAGUGGUUGGAGAUCAGAGCGCUGGAAAAACCAGUGUGCUCGAGAUGAUCGCUCAAGCCCGGAUCUUCCCUCGAGGCUCUGGAGAAAUGAUGACUCGUUCGCCCGUUAAGGUCACCCUCAGCGAAGGUCCCCACCACGUGGCCAUGUUCAAGGACAGCUCUCGAGAGUUUGACCUGACCAAGGAGGAGGAUCUUGCAGCCUUGAGGAAUGAGAUUGAGAUCAGAAUGAGGAAGAGCGUGAGUGACGGCUGCACCGUCAGCACUGAGACCAUCUCCCUCAGCGUUAAGGGUCCUGGCCUGCAAAGGAUGGUGCUGGUGGAUUUGCCGGGCGUCAUUAGCACGGUGACGUCAGGGAUGGCCCCAGACACAAAGGAAACGAUCUUCAGCAUCAGCAAAGCCUACAUGCAGAAUCCUAACGCCAUCAUCCUUUGCAUUCAAGAUGGGUCUGUGGACGCCGAGCGCAGCAUCGUCACUGACUUGGUCAGCCAAAUGGACCCUCAGGGCAGGAGGACAAUCUUUGUUCUGACAAAAGUGGACCUCGCCGAGAAAAACGUGGCCAGUCCAAGCAGGAUCCAGCAGAUCAUUGAAGGCAAACUCUUUCCAAUGAAGGCGCUUGGGUAUUUUGCAGUCGUCACAGGAAGAGGAAAUAGCUGCGAAAGUAUUGAAUCUAUUAAAGAGUAUGAAGAGGAAUUUUUCCAAAGCUCCAAACUACUCAAGAACUGCAUGCUGAAGGCCCACCAGGUGACCACGCGGAACCUCAGCCUUGCCGUGUCGGACUGUUUUUGGAAAAUGGUGCGAGAGUCUGUGGAGCAGCAGGCGGACGCUUUCAAAGCAACCCGUUUUAAUCUGGAGACUGAGUGGAAGAAUAACUACCCCCGCUUGCGAGAACUUGACCGGAAUGAACUGUUUGAAAAAGCAAAGAACGAAAUCCUCGAUGAAGUCAUAAGCUUGAGCCAGGUGACACCAAAGCACUGGGAGGAGAUCCUUCAGAAGACCUUGUGGGACAGGGUCUCGACGCACGUGAUAGAAAACAUCUACCUCCCAGCAGCACAAACCACAAACUCGGGCACCUUCAACACCACGGUGGACAUCAAGCUGAAGCAGUGGACAGACAAGCAGCUGCCCAACAAGGCCGUGGAGGUUGCCUGGGAGACCCUCCAGGAGGAGUUUGCUCGCUUCAUGACGGAAGAGAAGGGCAACGAGCAUGACGACAUCUUUGACAAACUGAAACAGGCUGUGAAGGAUGAGAGCAUCAAACGCCACAAGUGGAACGAGAGAGCCGAAGACAGCCUGAGAGUGAUCCAGCACAACGCCCUGGAGGACCGCUCCAUCUCGGACAAGCAGCAGUGGGACGCAGCCAUUCAGUUCAUGGAGGAGACUCUGCACAGCCGCCUGAAAGACACUGAAUCAGUCAUUGAAGACAUGGUGGGCCCAGAUUGGAAGAAAAGGUGGCUCUACUGGGUGGGGCGCACCAAAGAACAGACCAUCCGCAACGAAACGAAAAAUGAACUUGAGAAGAUGAUUAAAUGCAAUGAAGAGCAUCCGGCUUACCUUGCAAACGACGAGGUCACAACCGUCCGGAAGAACCUGGAGGCCCGAGGGGUGGCCGUGGACCCCUGCUUGAUUAAAGACACCUGGCACCAGGUUUACAGGCGGCAUUUCUUGAAGAAGGCCCUGGGCCAUUGCAACCUCUGCCGGAGAGGCUUUUAUUACUACCAGAGGCAUUUUGUGGACUCUGAGCUCGAGUGCAACGAUGUGGUCCUGUUCUGGCGGAUUCAGCGGAUGCUGGGCAUCACGGCCAACACCUUGAGGCAGCAGCUGACCAACACAGAAGUGAGGCGCCUGGAGAAGAACGUGAAAGAGGUGCUGGAGGAUUUUGCUGAGGACUGCGAGAAGAAAAUGAAGUUGCUCACGGGGAAAAGAGUCCAGCUGGCCGAAGACCUCAAAAAGGUUCGGGAGAUCCAGGAGAAGCUUGAAGUCUUCAUUGAAGCCCUCCACCAAGAAGAGAAGUAGCUGGUCCACACAGAGUGGCCGACGUGUGUCGCUCAGGCAUCCCUCUUCUGCUCUCCUGAAUAUGUUCAUCUUGAGCUAGCCAAGCAUGAUGUCAACACUCCUGGAAGCCCCAAACGCCUUCCAUCCAGCGGCAAAUAUUGAACUAACAUCUUGAGCUUGAUAACCCCGUCCUGUCCGUCCCCCCCCCCCCCAAGCCAGCUUACAGGGUUGUCUCCUUUUGUCCCCCUUAAGUGCAACUUGGCGAUGGAUCCUGGAAUAAUGCUCUCUGUGUCAACACCCCACGAGGGCCAGGCAGAGUCCCUGCUGUUUGCUCUCCCACUAGAACGUUUCCGCCUCCUCUGCGAAGCCAAACGCCAGUCCUGCGCCCUGCCAUGGUUACGUCCAAGCAACCCUGAAACAAACCGCUCCUGGCAGCAAAUGGGCGGGAAGAAGAUUCACUUUACGGGGAGGAGGCGAAGUCCCGCAGUCUGCCUUUUUGUGCAUUUGAGAACCAACAAAAAGAGGAGGAGAAAUCUUUCUUAGUAGAAACAGCAGUAUGUAGCAUUUUCAGAGGUGCAAUUGAGCAGCCAGGCCCAGUUGCUGAUGGUGCAAUGAUCAUAGGACUGUCGAUAGAAGUUCUCUGUGCUUUAGCAAUGGGGGGGGGGUUCCUUGUAAGCAGAGCAAUGUCCCUCCUGGAGUGUGUGGCUUGAGCUGGGCGCCUCUCUGCCUGCUCCCUUGGUCAAGGGACUUUGACUGCUCCCUUGGUCAAGGGACCCUGUCUGCGUUGCUGAAAAGGUAUCAGGCAGGGAGGCAGCCCUCUUUGGGGGUUUUUUGCAUGGGAAAGCAUGGGGAAAUGGCUGGGGCCAUUCUGUGGCCUCUGCCCCACCCCUGCACCUCCUGGGGCAUCUGCUUCCCUGGCCCACCCCUUUCUCUUUGGUCUCCAAUCCUCUUCCAUGGCCCGUCUCCAUCUUCUCCCUGCUGGGCAACAAACCUUCUCUGCCUUGUGGCAAGGAGGCCUUGGGAAACGGGAGCUGGGGUGAGGUGGAGGCACCCACCAUCUUCCUGCCCUGGCCACCCCCACCGUCACUCUUCCGGCCUGACUGCUCUCCCCCAGCCCUCAUGGAUCAUGUGGGCACCCCCUUUUUGCAGCUAGUGACAAGCAACCACAUUUCCAAUGAGUUGCCUCCAUUGUCUCCCAGUUUCCUCCGACCACCAAAGCAGCUGUGGAGCCUUUGGGGCACCCCCAGGACAAAGCGCGUCUCGGGCUUUCAGGGGAGAACAAGGCCGGCUGUGUGCCUGUGAGGAGGGCACCGCCAGGGGAGGAGAAGGGUCCUCUUCUCCCCACAACAAAGCCACCCUCUUUUUAUAUGAAAAGGGGGGGCAUUUGGGGGCAUGAGGAGGGGAUGAGUGGGCGCUCGAGGCAGGCACAGAAGAGCCUUUCUCUGCCCCAAAGCACCAUGCGGAUGCUGUCAUCCUGCCUUUGGGGUUCAGGAUGAUGCCCCAGAGAAAGCCAAAGGAGAUGGCUGGGAGGGUGGAGGGGAAGAGGGCCCUGCAAGACCAGCAGGGCGUUGUCCUGAGGGGCACAGAAUGGGCAGGUGGGAAAGUUUUUGGGCACCAGGACUGGGCUACCCAGAGAGAAACAAGCAGUGCCACCGUGGAGGAUGGCUGUGGAGGCUGCUCCGCUGCAGCUCCUGCCACGGAAAAUGCAGUUUUAAAAACAAUUUCCUCCUCAACAUCUCAAAGACACACACACAAUUUCCUGCCCCCCCCCAUUUUAUGCAUCCUUAAGGCCUUUCUGUCAAUCUCCUAUUCUCUGGCCAAGCACUCAGCCAAUCCUAGCCCCAGAGUCUAGCGAUGGCAGAGCAGCCUUGUGCCUGGUGGGGCUCCUGGCAGAAAAAAUCCUCCUCCCCCUGCCCUGUUGUUAUGCACCCCAUUGUGGGAAGCAGCCCUGUGGGGUAGCACUGGCCCACCAGAAUCCUGCCCUGGCUCUCAGCAUCCUCAGAGCUUCUGUCCCCAAGGCCAGGAAAGCAACACAGAAAGGGUCCUGCUUUGAGGAGCUUUUCAAAGAAUAGGUUCCGCAUUAGCCCCCCUGCCCCCUCUGGCUUUGCCCAUGGGUCUAAGGAAAUCCAAAGGACCACGGCAGCUGUCUCUUGGAAACACACAAGAAGGAUUUGAUCUAUGGGGCUACCUUUGAAAGUGACCUGGAAACUACAACUAACCUAGAAUGCGGCAGCUAGACUGGUGACUGGGAGCGGCCGCCGAGACCACAUAACACCAGUCCUGAAAGACCUACAUUGGCUCCCAGUACGUUUCCGAGUACAAUUCAAAGUGUUGCUGCUGACUUUUAAAGCCCUAAACGGCCUCAGUCCAGUAGACCUGAAGGAGCGUCUCCACCCCCAUCGUUCAGUCCGAACACUGAGGUCCAGCUCCGAGUGCCUUCUGGCGGUUCCCUCCCUGCGAGAAGCAAAGCUACAAGGAACCAGGCAGAGGGCCUUCUCGGCAGUGACACCUGCCCUGUGGAACGCCCUCCCACUAGGUGUCAAGGAGAUAAGCAACUAUCUGACUUUUAGAAGACAUCUGAAGGCAGCCCUGUUUAGGGAAGUUUUUAAUGUCUGUUGUUUUACUGUAUUUUUAAUUACAGAUAGGUAGCUGUGUUGGUCUGAGUCGAAGCAAAAUAAAAAAAUUACUUCAGUAGCACCUUAAAGACCAACUAAGUUUUUAUUUUGGUAUGAGC